CUUCUCUCCACUUUCUUACUCAAAAUGAGCUUCUUUCAAGGGGCCAAUGGGGUCUCGAUUGGACAGGGCACGUUCAAUGUGGUUACGGGAAAUCAGACAAACAAUAAUAAUAUCUACAAUCACUAUAUUGCUGAGCGGCAGAAGAAGAAACGUAGGAUAUAUGAUGAGUUUCCUGAUAUCCAACGUGGACUUGUCCACAGACUCAAGGACGUUGAUCACAAAGAUGGUUUGUUUCACUGGAACUUCGGGUCUCACAAAUACGAAGUAGAGUUUAAGGUCGAGAGAACAAUUAGUACCGCCAAAAUCCACGGUGACAGCUCCACCUUUACCGUGGUGUCGUAUAAAGGGCAGGAUGCGCAAAAGGCGUGGGAAAAGGAGUUUCGACGGUUCUCUGAGACCACAAAUACAACGAAGAUGCAAUUGUUCGGAAUUAACCGGUCAAGAAUACCUCUGCUAAUAUUCUAUGGAGAGCUUCUGCCUCUCGACCAUUUUUGGGAUGAGCUCGGAGAUUUUGGGCUAGCUUAUGCACGGACAUUGUCGGACAACAUGAACUGGGGAGAAUCUGAGAUUUGGAUAGAUCCCGCGCAAGGAACUCUUGUUCGUGGAGUAAAGGGGCCUGGUUGCGACCUAACUGGUGUCCCACUUACUGAUGAACCGCUGCCAUCAAGCGUCGAACUUCUUCUCAACGAAGACGUUUACUUCCGCUUCUUCUCUCGGUUCCCAUUGGAUAAGGAAUUGGACAGACGCACCAUUCAUGUGAUUGAGGGUAUUUCUACCAGGGAAGAAAGGGGGCCUCUGAUUAAUAUCAACCAACCGUUCGUCUUUUCUAGUAAGACGAAUUUCAUAAUCACAAUCGAAAGUGGAGUUUUCUGGUAUGGGGAUGGGGUACUUGGCUCGCGAGUAUGUAUGCCAGAUGGAAGAACAAGAUUCACUCUCGAGGAAGAAUGCGCCCCCUGUUUAUUCUUAGACUCAUUUUGCCCGAUUGCCUGGCUCUCACAGGCUUCGAGUGUCUUUCUUAGACUCGGAAUAUCGUUGGAUGAAGAGCUCUGGUCUUCCAAGCUCAUUGUGCCAGUGGUCAACUUGAGAGGAUCAAUCGAGAACUCUAGCAUCAAACAGCAACGACGCUCAGAACAUCCACCCAUCUACCUCUUCCGUCCGCUCCCUCCAUUUCCGCUACUCGGAGAUGAUUCAGUCCUGUCCACCCACACCUGGUCUCAUGACAAAAAUGGAGAAACACCCUUCGCACACCAUCAUUGCGAGUAUCUUGGUCUACCCACCAAGCUUUACGAGAGAUCCUUCUCAACCCACACAUAUCGCUGGUCCAGCUCGACGUACAAACGUAUCCACAAAUGGCAGAUUGCAAGAGGCUUCGAUCCAACCACAGCCGACUUCGCACGUUACCUUGAACAUCCCAUAUACAAAGUUCUGCCAGAGUCAGAGGCAGGCCGGUUCGAAGAGCUGAACAUGGUUGGACCAAUGCUCGAUUCGCUUUGAAGGCUUUUCCACUGCGAGCGCAUCAAUUGCAUAUACGAAUGUGGACUAAAAAAAUCCUUGAUAUAUCAUAUUGAAAUUCCCGGUAUCACAAGUGGCCAUUUCUACUCAAGUUUAUGUUAUUUUUUGGUACCAAUACUUGCCCCUUGUCAAAU